AUGUUCUUCCCGUGGGCUACUGAAGCUGCUGAUAAGUUCCAUGUGCCAAGACUUGUGUUCCACGGCAAGGGCUACUUCGCUCUAUGCUCUGAGUAUUGCAUCAGAGUGCAUAAACCACAUAAGAGAGUAGGUUCCAGUUGUGAGCCAUUUGUGAUCCCUGAUCUCCCUGGCAACAUUGUGAUAACUCAAGAACAGAUCGCAGACCGCGGAGAAGAAAGCGAGAUGGGGAAGUUUAUGACUGAGGUUACAGAAUCAGAAGUGAAGAGCUCAGGUGUUAUUGUGAACAGCUUCUACGAUCUUGAACCUGAUUACGUCGAUUUCUACAAGAGUAGCGAAGAGAACGUGGCAUAUUGGUCCGCUCUCUGUUAUAAACAGAGGAUUCAAGGAGAAGGCUGGGAGAGGAAAGAAAGCAAGCAUCGAUGA